GGAAAUGUAAGAGUGAGGAGAGCUGUGCCGGUGAGAAACUUCACCUGAACAAUGUCCGCCUCCAGGAAGCUGGCAGCUUUCCGUCUGCCUCCCUUGCCGACUGUGGGUGAGCUGAUAAAACUCUACAACCUGCGAGCUGAGAAGCAGCUCUCCCAGAACUUUCUCCUGGACUUGAAGCUCACAGACAAAAUAGUGCGCCAGGCAGGCAGUUUGAGGGAUGCCCAUGUGUGUGAGGUGGGUCCCGGUCCCGGGGGCCUCACCCGCUCCAUCCUCAACGCUGGUGCAACAGACUUGCUGGUGGUUGAGAAGGAUACACGCUUCAUCCCUGGGCUUAAGCUAUUGUCAGAGGCAGCGCCAGGGAAGCUGAGGAUCGUCCAUGGGGACAUACUCACCUACAGGAUGGACCGAGGAUUCCCAUCAAACAUCUCCAAGCCAUGGGAGGGAGAUCCACCAAACCUUCACAUCAUAGGGAAUCUCCCAUUCAGCGUCUCCACCCCCCUCAUCAUCAAGUGGCUGGAGGACAUAGCCAACAGGACAGGGCCUUUCAUGCACGGACGCACACGACUCACACUCACGUUCCAGAAAGAGGUGGCAGAGAGGUUGACGGCGAGCACGGGUAGCAAACAGAGGAGCCGUCUGUCCGUCAUGGCUCAGUAUCUCUGCACUGUCCGCAACUGCUUCACCAUCCCGGGCCGGGCCUUCGUCCCAAAACCAGAGGUAGACGUGGGAGUCGUGCACUUCACCCCUCUGGUUCAGCCCCAGAUCCAGCAGCCCUUCAAGCUGGUGGAGAGAGUGGUCAGGAACAUAUUCCAGUUCCGCAGGAAGCACUGCCAUAAAGGAGUAGAAAAGUUGUUCCCGGAGGCGUGUCGCAUUGAGCUGACCCAGGAGAUGAUGCAGAAGGCGGAUGUGGAUCCCAUCCUGCGGCCCACCGAACUCACCAUCCCUCACAUCAGGGCUUUAGCAGAUGCCUACGCUCAUCUGUGCAGCCGGGAACCCUCUCUCAACACGUACGAGUACAGAGAGGAGCUCGGGAUGAAGCACCUCACCAGGCAGAAAAACGCACCGAUGGACACAUUGAUGGAUAGAGCAUCCAGCGCACCGCCAAGCCCUCUGCAACCCUGCUGAAAAGAGAAAAGAGAAGCCCGCUAAUAGCUUCUGUUAGCACGGGGAGACAACAGACUGCUCUUAGCCUCGACAUUUCCACCUGGCAUCAGCAUGCAUUUUUAAAAUGUUUUUUCCCUGCGCCUAGGGAGCGGUAGUCACCUAUCGGUGAACAUGAAAUCCUGGGACAGAGACAUGGGCCACGAGGCACUUUAAGAUCCUGGAGGGAGCAUUUGUUCUGGGACGGGACGAGUCCAAGCAGAGUUGUGCGUCUCUGGCAGAGUAAAGGAAGCAUGCGAGUUACCCACAAGAGCUCUUUAACAGCCACGUCUCAAUUCUUACUCUAGUUCCAACUCACAUAACACAUUGUCCCCUGGGAGCUGAAAGGAACGUCACAAUGUUUUCAGGGUGAUUUAGAGAGGAACAACAUGGCAAAACCAUAUCCAGGCCAUUUUAUUUUCCCAUUGUUGCUAGUCACUGGGGACAAGGAGCUUAAAGGGAGGAGGAAAGUGCUGGUAAUUGAUGUAUUAAAAGAAGAGGACUGCUAUUAAAAUCAUUUUUAUUUUAAA